AAUCUGACAUAUGUAGAGAUUUAUUAUUUACAAAUCUUUCACAGAUAUUUCAUUUGAUCAUUAUGACUAGUUCUUAUGGGGUGGAGAGUGCAACAAUUAUUCUUCCAUUUUAUAAAUAUGUAAACAGAGUCACCAAAAACCAAAUGCGCAUCUAGAUCUAGAGUUGAAACAGUUUAGAGGUCUUGUGGUCUAAUCCUAACAUUUCUACUUGCCUACAGAGUGGGAGGACAUAGAGACAGAAAAGAAUUCAGGUCCUGGGUUUCCAAAUUCAGUACUCUCCAUUUCUUGAUUUGACAGGGAUCACUGCUAUUAAGUACAGUCUGAAUUCGAUCCCAGGUUUUGUUGUUGUUUGUUUCUUUGUUUGUAUGUUUAACUCUAGCUUGUCCUUCAGCAUCCCCCCUUACUAAGUAAUAACCGGUGGACCAUAAAAUCUAUCAGACUUGUGGCAGCUAUUUGCCUGGUCAAGGGAAGCUUAUAGACAGUGAGAGGCAGAUCCAGUGACCAGUAAGGUAAGGACUCCUGAUAGAUGCCAAGUAGGGCGGGAUCAGGGACUAUCCUGAAGCCGCCCACUCUCCCUCAACUCAGCCACUCUCAUUGGCGUCUCUGUGGUUUGUCUAGGUUUAGGAGUUCACAGUGGGGUCAAUGGAGUGGAAUGCUCUCUGCGGAUUAGAAAAAUGUGUGCUCUCUUUUCCCAGUUCUGGCUUUUCUUCCACUCUUUGGCUGGGACUCCUGACCUUUGGGGGAAAUACAGAAUUUUGUUUGUUUCUUGACCACCUUUCAAAUAGAUGAAGGGCUGAGGGGGGAGGAAGGGGAAGAUGACAAGGACCGCCCAGAAAGCAAGGAUAGCCACAGAGUAGCCUGGAGUGAGAACCGCAGCCCCGUUACAAUCAUGGCUAAGACCAAGGUCAGACUGUACACCUGGGUGUGUUUGACUGCUCUGCUGAUGUUUUUCCUGUCCGGAUUUAUGGUGGGAUGGUUUAUUAAACCUGUCAAAGAAGUAGCCAUCUCAAUUCCUACUUACCAAAAUGAAAGAUGGAAACUUAUAUCUGAGAUGAAGGCAGAAAACAUCAGACAAUUUCUCCGUUCUUUUACAAAGCUCCCUCAUCUGGCAGGAACAAAGCAGAAUUUUCUUCUUGCAAAGCAAAUCCAGAGUCAAUGGAAGAAAUUUGGAUUGGACUCAGCUGAGUUGGCUUAUUAUGAUGUGCUCCUAUCUUACCCUAAUGACACAAAUCCCAACUAUGUUUCACUUGUUGAUAAACAUGGAAUUGAGAUUUUCAAUACUUCAUUCUUUGAGAUACCCCCAGGUGGAUAUGAAAAUGUUUCAGAGAUCGUUCCACCAUAUAAUGCUUUCUCAGCCCAAGGAACUCCAGAGGGAGAUCUUAUAUAUGUGAACUACGCACGUACUGAAGACUUUUUCAAGUUAGAACGAGACAUGAAAAUCAACUGCACUGGAAAGAUUGUUAUUGCUAGAUAUGGGAAAAUAUUCAGAGGAAAUAAAGUUAAGAAUGCCAUGUUAGCUGGAGCCAUAGGGAUUAUCUUAUACUCAGAUCCAGCUGAUUACCUUGCUCCUGGAGUACAGCCCUAUCCCAGUGGAUGGAACCUUCCUGGAGAUGUUGCCCAGCGAGGGAAUGUACUAAACUUGAAUGGAGCUGGUGAUCCUCUCACUCCAGGGUACCCAGCUAAAGAAUACACCUUCAGGUAUGCAGAAAAUGAAGGAGUGGGAAUCCCCCAAAUCCCAGUACAUCCCAUUGGAUAUCAUGAUGCAGAGAUAUUAUUACGCAAUAUGGGAGGAACUGUACCACCAGAUGACAGCUGGAAAGGAAAUCUUAGUGUGCUUUAUAAUAUUGGGCCUGGCUUCAUAGGGAACUAUUCCACCAGGAAAGUCAGAAUGCAUGUUCAUAAUACCAAUAAAAUAACAAGGAUUUACAAUGUUAUUGGAAUCAUCAGAGGAUCCAUGGAGCCAGACAGGUAUGUUAUUCUUGGAGGUCAUCGAGACUCUUGGGUAUUUGGUGCUAUUGACCCAACCACAGGGGCAGCUGUUCUACAAGAGGUUGUCCGGAGUUUUGGAAAACUGAUGAGUGGAGGCUGGAGACCAAAAAGAACUAUUAUUUUUGCUAGUUGGGAUGCAGAAGAAUUUGGACUCUUGGGUUCUACAGAAUGGGCUGAGGAGAAUGCAAAAAUACUUCAAGAGAGAAGCAUUGCUUACAUAAAUUCUGAUUCAUCCAUAGAAGGCAAUUACACCCUUAGAGUGGACUGCACACCCCUUCUCUACAAAUUGGUCUAUAAUCUGACAAAAGAGAUUGACAGCCCUGAUGAGGGUUUUGAAAGCAGAUCUCUUUAUGAAAGCUGGUUACAAAAGGACCCUUCACCGAAAGAUAAAAACAUUCCUAGAAUAAAUAAACUAGGAUCUGGAAGUGAUUUUGAAGCUUAUUUUCAGAGACUGGGAAUUGCCUCAGGUAGAGCUCGUUAUACUAAGAACAAAAAAACAGACAAAUUCAGUAGCUAUCCUGUUUAUCACACUAUUUAUGAGACUUUUGAGCUGGUAAACCAGUUUUAUGACCCUACCUUUAAGAAACAACUUGCUGUAGCCCAAUUACGAGGAGGACUAGUAUAUGAACUUGCAGAUUCCAGAAUCAUUCCUUUCAAUAUUCAAGACUAUGCAAAAGCUUUAGAAAACUAUGCUACCAGUAUCUAUAAUUUAUCCAGGAAACAUGACCAACAACUGAAAGACCAUAAAGUAUCAUUUGAUUCCUUAUUUUCUGCUGUGAGAAACUUCACAGAUGCUGCUGCAGAUUUUCAUAGAAGACUUGCACAUAUUGAUUUUAAUAACCCAAUUGCAGUAAGAAUUGUGAAUGAUCAGUUGAUGCUGUUGGAAAGAGCUUUCAUUGAUCCUCUUGGUUUACCAGGAAGGCAAUUCUAUAGGCACAUCAUCUUUGCUCCAAGUAGCCACAACAAAUAUGCAGGAGAAUCAUUUCCAGGAAUCUAUGAUGCCAUGUUUGAUAUUGAAAACAAAGCAGACCAACAUGAGGCCUGGGAAGAAGUUAAAAAGCAAAUCUCCAUUGCAGCAUUUACAGUUCAAGCAGCAGCAGGGACCCUGAAAGAAGUGUUAUAAGAAGAUGCAGCAAAGGCCUCUGCUCAUAUGACCAGCCGCCACCAUCACUGGGAAGGAAACCAGAGAACAAAAUCCACCUCUCAUUUAUCUCUGAUAACCCAUGAAGCCACAAUUUAAACAAAGAAAACCUGCAGAACUCAUAUUUUAUAUGACAUUUUCAUCCAUUCACUUCAAAGUGCUUAUCGAUUUAGCAAAUAACCUUCUUGAAUUUAUUUGUGAAUCCCCCCUUUGCCCAGCUGAACCCGAGAAAAGAAAUGGUGGCACUUUACACAUACAUGCUUCUAUUACAUUUAUGUUAGCAGAAUCUAAAACAAAAAUCUUAAAAUAUAGGAAUUAGCUUUGCAAAAUGUAGAAGGCUUAGAUAUUAGCUACAAGUUUCUCCAACUUAAUUCAGGCCAGGAAUCAAGUUGAGAAGCAGAAAUCGGAGGCUUAAGAGGUACACCACGAAGGUAUUCUAGUAUUCUAAGGAAAAAUCACCACUGAUGCUUAAUAAGUCUCAGUUCCUUACAGUGAUAUUGGAAUCACUUCUAAACAUCCCCUGACAAAGAUCUUUUUCCUUUUGCUUGAAGAUCCCCUAGUGAUGGAAAACUACCAUCACCUGAAGCACUAUUGGUCCAUUUUCAGAUAAAAUCACUUAUUAGGGAUUUUUUCCUGAUAUCAAAUGUAAAUCUACUCCUUGGUAACUUCCCUCUCACCACCCCUAUUAUUCAAAGCUCUGCCCUCUGGAAUCACAGAAAAUAAAUCUAAUACCACAUGAUAGCCUUUCAGAUAUUUAAGGACAGGCCUUUGGAUGUCCUCCUUCUUCCACUAACCAUCCUCAAAUUCCAUCCAAGUCUUCUCCCCCACCCCCAAGCUAAAGAGCAACAUUUCCUUCUGCUCCUCAAGACUGCAGCCAUUUUAAGCACUUUGCUCUGGCACUUUUUCUUUCUUUCUUUCUCUCUCUCUCUCUCUCUCUCUCUCUCUCUCUCUCUCUCUCUCUCUCUCUCUCUCUCUUUCUUUCUUUCUUUCUUUCUCUCUUUCUUUCUUUCUUUCUUUCUUUCUUUCUUUCUCUCUUUCUCUCUUUCUCUCUUUCUUUCUUUCUUUCUUUCUCUCUUUCUCUCUUUCUUUCUUUCUUUCUUUCUUUCUUUCUUUCUUUCUUUCUUUCUUUCUUUCUUUCUUUCUUUCUUUCUUUCUUUCUUUCUUUCUUUCUUUCUUUCUUUCUUUCUUUCUUUUUCUUUCUUUCUUUCCCUUACCUUCUGUCUUAGAAUCAUUACUGUGUAUUGGUUCCAGGGUAGAAGAGUGGUAAGGGCUGGGCAAUGGGGAUUAGUGACUUGCCCAGGAUCACACAGCUGGGAAGUGUCUGAGGUCAAAUUUGAACCUAUCUCUAGGCCUAGCUCUCAAUCCCCUGAACCACCCAGCUGCCCCAGGAACCUUUUAUUAAGUAUCUUUUUCCUUUAAAAUAGCAGCAUGUCACAAGUGGACUGCUAAAUGAAUGCAACAAUACCAAAGAUUUAAUCAUUUAGAUAUCAAGCAUUUACUUCAUGCAAAGCAUCAUACCAGGCACAAGGAAUACAAAGAUGAAUAAAAGUGUAUAGUUAGAAAUUAUUGAACCCCUUAAACUACAUUACCCAAAAUUCCUUUCUGUAUUACCUAGAAUCCUUUUCCCUUUUCCCUUAGUCCUCACCUUUGCAUGAUGGUAUUUAAGUUUGCUGUGACUCCUCCCACACUCUUUCUUUUACUGGCGACCAGGCUGAGUUCAGGUAGUUCUUUUACUUUAGCUAUUAUUAAUAAAACUUUUAGAAUAUAAUACUUAGUUAUUAGGUAUUAAUUUUAAUCUUUACAAAAGUCAGGUCUCUGCUGACCUCUAGCAUUCAUGAUCUGAUCAGACACGUACUGUGUUAAGUCCAAAAGAGAGAAUAGUGUCGCCCCAAGAGAUCUGAAGAACAGCAUGUUGUUUAUAAAUUGGAGAAGGGAGAGAAAGUACGUGAAGCUAUGCUUGAACUCGUUUGGUAAUCUUCACUCUCUAGUGCAUCUCUUAAGUGCUUGUGUCAUGAAGUUUAUGCCUUUUUCUACACAGAAGAGCUGUGGGAGCAAUUGCCAUUUAUCUGCAGAGAACUGUUUAUGUAUAAAAUAAUGUUAGUGAUUUAACAAACUCGAUUAUCUGACAUUUUGCCUUCCUGUACAAUAGGAAAGAAAUAUGAGGAGAGACUGGAUUUCUAGAAGUAGAUAUAUAUAUAUAUUAACAACAGUUAGCCUUAUUUCCCAAUUACGAAACAGAAAAAUUAUUAACUUUAUUUGUACACACAUACAUAAUAUAUGUGCACAUAAAAUUAUGUAUAUAUAAUGAUAAAUAUGUAUGCAUAUAUAAAAUCUUUAUAUUAUGGAGAUUUUGAACUGGAUGUUCUUUUAGACUUCUUAAACUCAACGUGUAUAAAACUGAACUCAUUAUCUCUGCCUCCUUCCAAACUCUUCCCCUUUCCAAAAUUUCUCUUACUGUUGACAACACUUUCCUCCAAGUUACCCAAGCUUGCAAUGAUGCCAUCAUUGACUCCUCUCUCUCUCGCCUCCAUAUCCAAACACUUGCCAAUUCCUUUCCAUUUUACCUUUAUAACAUGUCUCCCAGAGACCCCUGCUCUUCUCUACCUCUACCCUGGAACAAGCCCUUUUCACCUCAUGCCUAAACUGUUGUAAUCCCAGACAUGGGUCUCUCCCUGCUCUAAUCAGCUGUAAAACUGAUUUUUCUCAAGCACAGAAUCAACCAUGCCACCCCUGAUCUCAAUAAACUUUAGUGGCCCCCAGUCCCCUCUGGGAUCAAAUAUAAAACCUGUUUGCCAUUCAGAGCCCUUCAUGCCUUCCACCCUGAUCCUUCUCCUUCCCCUUUCCAGUUUUCUUACAUUUUUGUCACAUAUUCUAUGGUCUAGUGGCAUGGGUCUCUUUCUUAUUACCUAUAUGAAUGUCUAACAAAAUCAAUCCUAAAAUUUUAAGGACUACCUAUUGGAAAAGAGAUGAGACUUCAUUUGCUCAGUCACUAGGGGUAGAACUAGUAGCAGCAGGUGAAAGGUGUGAUGAGACUGGUCUGAAAGUAAAAUAAUAUGUCUUAAGAUGCAGAAGGUUUUUCUUCUUUUUACCUUUUCAAAAACAAAAACACCAACCUUAAGUCUUAGAAGUGAUACUAAGGAUCAGUUCCAAGGCAGGUAAGGGCUAGGCAACUAGGGCUAAGUGACUUGCCUCGGGUCACACAGAUAGGAAGUAUCUGAGGCCAUAUUUGAACCCAGGAUACCUCCCAUCUCCAGGCAUGGCCCUCAAUCCACUGAGUCACCCAGCUGCUUCUUUUUGUAAGCUCCUACACAUAACCCAACAAACCACUUCUCAGGUUAAGUUGCAGGAGAAACUCUUGAUCACAUAUACUUUGGACUGAGUGGCAUCAGAGAUUCCUUAGAAAUCUGAUUCAGUGAUCUUAAGUUUCACUGAGAGAUGGAGUGCCUAAGCCUAGGAAAAUGAUAUUCCUGCUAGCCCCUACCAUGGUCAGAACACCCUUGUGGCUCCUAUGUUCAGUUCUGAAAGUCUGCAAAUGGAAGGGCUUUCCUAUGGUAAGGAAGACCCAUCGAUCUAUUCUGUUUGAUUUUAGAAGGAAGAAGGACUAAAUGAGUAGAUUUUUCUUUAUAUGGAAAAACAACCUUAGUGAUUAGAAACGUCUAAAAUACUAUCUUUUAAAAUAGUGACAUUAACUCAUACACUCCAGGAAUUCAAGCAGAAUUAAGACAAUCAUCUAUAUAUGUGGUAGAUCAGAUUAAGGAAUCCCCAGAGGGAUUAUACUAGAUCUGACUCAAACCCUCAGACUUUGACAUUAGAACUUAUUGGAAGUCAUGAAGCUGAAUGGAAGGAACAUAGACCCUUCAGAAUCUGCAAAUAUGCAUGUGGUUCAUUUUGUGUUUUUAAAAAUUUAGGUUCCUUCAUCCAAGAUUUUGGUAUCUCAAAACAUCAAAUAAACUUAAAAGGUUUAAUUUAAAAACAGCAUUGCCCCUGGCUAGUUUCUAUAAAAGCCAUAAAUUUAGGAAGAAAAGUUAGAAAAGUUGAGCAAUAGGAAUGGAUAGAAUAUUAGACUAAAGACUUCAUUACAGUUCUUAAUGUUGGCUUUUCCAUUGAGUUUGACUUCAAUGAACUCAUUUAAAAUUUAUGGGAUUCAGCAUCUAAGUUAACUAAGCAAAAAGAUUUAACAUUAGUCUGUAUGGGAUACUAGUUGGUUGAGUGAAUAGAGCACUCUACUUGGAAUAAGAAGAACCUGAGUUUAAAUCCCACCUCAAACACUAUAGGACUCUGGUCAAGUCACUCAACUGCUGUUUGCCUCAGCCUUCUUAUCUGAAAAAUAGAAAUAAUAGCACCUACUAAUAGCAACCUAAAUUCUCAUGAAGAUCAAAUGCAUCAUGUAAACUCUUAGCACAGUGCCUGGCACAGAGGAAGCACUAUAUAAAUGUUUAGUCUUUCUUGGUCAUAUCUGACUCUUUAUGACCCCAUUAGGAGUAUUCUAGGCACAGAUAUUGGAAUGAUUUGUCAUUUCCUUCUCCAGCUUAUUUUACAAAUAAGGAAAUAGGGUUAAGUAAUUUAGCCAGAGUCCCAUAGCUAGCAAGUGCCAGUCAGAGGCCAAAUCUGAAUUCAGGUCCUCCUCAUUCCAGGCCCAGUGCUCUAUCUACUGUAUCACCCAGCUUCCCAUGGCUAUUAGUAUCAUUAUUCCAGUACCUUUAUAUGUUUUUUUUUGUUUUGUUUUGUUUGGACUUUGAUCAUCUAAGAAAGGCUGUCUCUAUCCUCUCAUAAAUGGUCCUAUUAGAAGAUUAUUCAGAAAAUUAGGAGAAAUUAAGCCCACAUGACCUUCGGCUUUUUCUGGGUAAUCAAGUAACAAUGCAAAAGAAUGAGAGAUGUAGGAAAUGCUAGCAUUCUCCAGCUAAACUUUCUCCUAGGAAGAAGUGCUUUUUACUUUGUGGUCUACUAUUUAUAUUCAAUAUAUAAUUAGAGUCAAGAAAUAUUUAGCAUUUUUUAAAAAGAAAGUUUUUAAUGCAUUUUUUCCUUAGCACUUUGUUGAAGGUUUUGCUUAAAUUUCAUUGAAUAGUUUUAUGCUCUCAAAAUGAAAAUGAACAUGACUAGGCAAAAACAUGGGGCCAAGAGUAAGUUUAGUGCCUUAUGCACUUGUAUUUAAAUUUGCUGUCCUAUUUCUUUUAUCACCAUUAUCGAGACUUAUGUUCUGUACACCAGAGAGUGGGCUUCUGGUCAUGCAAGCUGGGGAAGUGAUGUAGAGAUACAGCAAGUUUUUCUAGAACUCUUCCCAUUCCUCUUAACAGAGAACAAAACCAGUGAGACUGGGGCCAUUUCAUGAAAUGUAGCGUUGGCCAUUGAUCUUAGCUAACUCCUUUAUAGGUUGUUACUCUCACCAUUUUUCACAGCUAUAUCCCAACCUAAGGCUAACUGUUUCUGAAUUUGUAGCAUUCACUGUAAGAAGGGAUGGGUAAAAGUAGAUAGGGUAAAACCAUUUUCACUAGUUACUGGAAAAACUCAAAGCACAUUCAUGAGUCACUAGUGUCUUACAUUUGUUUAUCAAGGGCAGAACAUAAUGUACAAAAGCUAGGUCCAGUGUUAACAUUUGUAUAAUCUGCCAGGUGCUUAGAAUUUCCAACUAUGAAUUGCUAUAAAUAAUAUUUUCAAAGCCUCCCCCCACAUAACAUAAUCCUACAUCAAAUCUGUCCAAUGCUUUCUUCUCUAACCAAAGUGCUUCCCUGUUUCUUAUGAAGAGGCAAUCUGGACAGUUUACAGUCAACUGCAGGGAACUAGAGGAAUUAGACUGUAUUAUAUCUUUAGACCCCUUUUUCCUUUAAUUCGGUGCUAGGUGGUUUUCUCUCAUUCUUCUCCUGAUAUUUUUUUAUUCCAGCGAGACUCCCACUCCUGGCUGCUUUAUAUAUAGUCCUUGAGUAAAAAGUCUAUAACCCAGAAGUAAACUUAUUUUUAAGUCUCCUUUUCCCUGUGUCAGUUCUCAGUAUCUCUCAUAAAUUUCUAGCCUUCAAUUAAAAAAAAAUGAAAAUGACUCUGCAUCCUCAAAGGCUACCCUUUGGAGUUCAAAUUCGGUUAGGUUCUACAAGGUGCAAAAGGUUCAAUUACUAGUACAAUGUCAGAUUAUGUCAUUUUUUCAGAGGAGACCAGCAUAGUUAAGGAUCGACAGAUUCAUCAUCAGAAAUUUGCAAUGGCCCCUGUGUGUCCUACAUAAAUUCUUUUUCAUCAUCAGAACAGAUGAAAGAACAAAGGCAUGGAUAGUCCUGUCUGUUGUCUUUAUUUUUCUUCAGUGAUAGUCAUGGAAUUACACAAAGUCAGAAAAAGAAGCAGAAGGUGCUAAGAAUCACACAGUUCUUAGAUGGUCUAGGCAUGGUGGCAAACCUAAGGCACAUGAGGGCAUUCAGAGCCCUCUCUGUGGGCAUGCCCCAGUACAGAGUUCUCCAGAGUUUGUGACUAGAAAGCCCCAAGGAAUGGCGCCAGGCUGUUCUCCUCCCCCUCUCUACAUGCACCUUAGGACACCACCCACACUUCUAAAAGGUUUGCAUUUACUGGAAGGUAAUUACCAUUUGAUACUCUCGAUGUCCAAUCUUUAUCCAAUGGUUAACAAGUUAACAAGUCUCUACUGGAGAAACUAAACUAUAUCCAGAUGAACAUUCUUACCAUAAUGAAAGCAGAAUGCAAAAAGAAUUUAUGGAAAGACACAUUCUCUCCUUACAUAAUAAAGAAGUUUACAGACAAGGCACAAUCAUGUAUCCAAAGGCAAAAAAAAUUAUUUCAUGGACUACUAACUUGCUUAUCUUGUCUUGUGACAUUCAUGGUGAACAUAAGCAAAUGUGAGAAGACUAAAAGAAAUAAGGCAUUAAGUGAGAAGUAGAAGGAGGUAAAAGAAACUUAGCAAUAAUUUAACUAGAUUUUGCAAUUUAACUGGAGUCACAGGAAUAGAUGAUAGGAACAAUGACUUCUGCACCUCCUCUAACCCUCCCUUUGUAGAUCUUUAUAUAGCACCAUGUAAUUUGUGUAAUGCAUCCCAGCUGUCCUAAAGAAGCAAAAACAGAACAAGAGUGUUACUAUUUUCUCCCAAAAGCCUCAGUGAGAAAUGUUGUUUGUAACAGGAGAUUUGGCAGGAGGGACUGAGGCAGAGCCCCUGUGAGCUGUCCUUGAGGACAAAACAGAUCCAUUUGAGCAGCCUAAGAAAAGUUUUCCAAAAGUCAUUUAAGAGAAUCUCAGACAAAGAUGAAAUUGUUGGAUCAAAGUCAAAAACAAAAGGCUUAAAAAGGCUAGAGGCCCUCUGGAGUGUAUGAAAGAACAGGACCAGAAUGCUAUCAGCCAGAGCUCCAGGGAAAUAAAGUACUUCAUGGGACAGUUGCUUUAGAGCAGUCACCUAGCACCAUCUUCUGGAAUCGAGCUAAAUAGCAGGGAGCAGCAAUUUCAAUCCAUAGAGUAAGAGCGGUCCCAAGAAAUCUCAUGAUACUUGCCUUUAGCCUCUGUGGCAACGGGAGUGAAAAGACCUACAACACUGACCACAGGAAUGAGAAAGUGAUCCUGUGGUCCAUACAGGAAAGAGAAGAAAGCUCCCCGUCCCCUCUUGCCCCAUCACCCAGCUCACUAUUGGAAAGGAGUGGCCCUUGGAAGGCAGCUCACCUCUUGAUUCUUCAAAAGUGAUAUUUGAGAUUUUUGUUAUAGUGCAAAUAAAACUCCUAUUAUUUGAA